AUGAUCCAGGUAUUCGCCUACGGAGUGCUAGGCGUGGUGUUGUUUGCCUAUGCGGCCGAAUACCUGUUUAGCAUUAGAGAUGAUUCUCGAGAGCCCGUACGACUCCGACCUAAGGUGCCGCUGAUCGGACAUAUACUUGGACUGAUAAACAGUGGCCCGUCAUACCAUAGCCAGUUGAGGACUGCCACCGACCAGGAAAUAUUCACCUUGGGCAUAUUGAAUUUCAAGCUCUACACAAGCGUCUCAACACGACUGUUACCAGCCAUUCAACGGCAAUCGAAGACGCUCUCUUUCCGACCGCUCAUCCAACAUGUGGCACGGCGAUGGGGAGACGCAAGCGACGAGACGAAAGAGAUCUUUGGCGGUCCGCAUUUGGUCACUAAUUUCAGCCACGCCAUGAAACUGAGUUUGGCUCCGGGUCCACAUCUUGAUGAACAAAAUGAAAGAAUGGGGAAAAGGGCGCUGGUAGAUAUCGACGCCUUGCUUGAGCCGUUGAAGGUGGAAGAUGCGGGAAUACAUCAGAUCAAGCUCCUGGAAUGGGCGCGACAUGCUAUUUCCCAGGCAUCGAGCUGUGGGGUGUACGGAACAGAGCACCCUUUUGUUGACAUUGAAGUCGAAAAAGCAUUUUGGAUGUGGCACGCUCAUCUCUCUGCACACAUUUCGGGGCUGAAUUUCGAUAUUCUCGGAAAGGGGUAUGCCGCUCGUCAAAAGGUCUUCGACGCACAUGUAAAAUACUGCAAGAAUGUCCCUGCAGACGCAUCGUUCCUUUUCAAAGAGCGCUGGCGCGUCCUACAAGAAGCCGGUAUUUCAGAGGCCGACUGCAUCAAGCAACAAGCCACCCUGCCGAUUGGAAUGUUGAGCAACACCGUGCCGACAUUCUACUGGACCAUCUGGGAACUGUUCUCGCGGGACGAGCUGCUUCGCGACGUUCGUCAUGAACUAGAAGCCCAAGCUAUCAUCAAACAGGACGAUGGAUAUGCGCUGGACGUCGGUGCUCUGAAGUCCAAGUGUCCACUUCUCCUUUCGGUCUUCCAAGAAACCCAGCGCAUUCGACACAUCCACGCCGCCAUUCGCAGAGUGAUGAAAGAUACCCUACUCGAUGGCAAAUAUCUCCUCAAGAAAGGAAACUAUCUUCAGAUGCCAGGGCAUUCGAUCCAUUCAAACGAGACUAUCUGGGGCCCGUCGGCGCGAGAAUUCGACCCGUCUCGAUUCAUGAAUGCAGAAAAGCAUGCCGGCAGUGACUUUCUGGCAUGGGGUGCGCCGCCACAUUUGUGUCCUGCUAGGCAAUUUGCUGCAACAGAGAUCUUGAUUCUGGUAGCUCUCCUGGCGAUGCGAGCCGAUCUACGGCCUGUGAGUGGCGCUUGGGAGAAGGAUCCGGCAUUAGAUUUCAACGAUCCGGUCACGGUAUUAAAUCCGAAGAAGGACGUUCAAAUGCAUGUCAGCGUGAGAGAUCAGUGGGUCGGGAAGUGGGUAUUGCAUAUGUCGCCAAGUCAAAGUCGUGUUCCUCUAGCUUCGGGAUGA